AUGCCUGAGGGCGGAAAAUCCAAGAACAAGAAAAAGAACAAGGCGCAGGCCCAAUUUGACGCCUCUGAUGCGAGCAUCUUGAAAGCCGAUAGCAGGAAAUCCGUGGAGAAUAAUGACCAACCUGAAUCGAUCGAAGACAACAAACCGGAAGAAACAGAAAAUGGGGAGGAUAUGGAUGCUGGAUCGAAUGACGGGCAUGUUGAAAAUGAAGCGGACGACUCGAGAGCCAAAUCACCUAUCCUAGAGGCUCUCCGAUCAAAAGACCGUUUUGAGGCCCUUGUAAAAGACCGAGAUUCGCUACGUGCCGAAGUGACCGAUAUGCGGAAGUCCCUGGAACAAAUUCAAUCGAAACAUGAUGAUGAUAUGGAGGCUCUACAUGGCAAAUUAAAAGAUGCGGAGAGUAAAAAGGAGCACGCAGAAUCUCAGUACCGCGGUUUGCUUGAAAGAGUGAACACAAUCAAAGCCCAGCUUGGUGAACGUCUCAAAGAAGAUGCCGAAGAAAUUGCUCAAGCGAGGUCGAAGAUCGAGGACUUAGAGGCGCAAAAUUUAAGCACGAAAGACGAGUACGAAUCAAAGAUAUUGGAGCUAUCAAAUGACAAUCAACGAAUGUCAAAGGAGCUGUCUGAACUACGCGAACGAACAAAUCUGUCACAACAAAAUUGGUUGAAGGAGAAGGACGAUAUGCUCGAACAAGAAUCAUAUCUUCAGUCGGAGUUCGAACAAGCAAAGGAGGCAAUGCAUAACUGGGAAGUGCUUGCCAUGGAAGAACGUUCAAUCAGAGAAAGCCUGGGAGAAAAAGUAGUAGAUUUGGAGGAACAAUUGGCUACUGUGAAAGACGCAUACGAGAAGACUUCUGCUGAGGGUGAAUCCCAAGCAGCGACCGUGGAUGGUUUGCAACGAGCCCUGCAAGAAAUUCAGGCCGCACGCAAGCAGGAGCUUCGUGAACUCGUUGAAACUUCCGAUGCUCAACUCGAGGAACUGAAGCAGGCGCUCAGCAAUGCUAAGACAAAAGAAUCAGACUCCGGAAAAUCCCUGCAAGAGACUCAACAGGAACUUGAGAGAGUCCGGCCUUUUGAGAAAGAGGUUAGAGAGAAAAACCUCCUGAUUGGCAAAUUGAGGCAUGAAGCUGUUACCCUGAACGACCACUUGACAAAAGCGCUGCGAUUUCUCAAGAAGGGCAAACCAGAAGAUAACGUUGAUCGCCAUAUUGUCACAAAUCAUCUACUGCACUUUCUCGCACUUGAUAGGUCAGAUCCGAAGAAGUUCCAAAUAUUACAACUUAUUGCGGCGCUUUUGGGGUGGUCAGACGAGCAACGUGAGCAGGCAGGCCUAGCUCGUCCCGGGGCUUCAGGGGCUUCAGGCAGGCUUCGGGGCCCCACUACCCUCAUGCAUCGAACGCCUAGUACACCAACUUUAACAACCGAGUUUCUGGAUAAUGGCGCCACGAGCAAGGAAUCUCUAGCAGAGCUCUGGUCAAACUUCCUUGAACAGGAGUCUCAGGCCUCUUCCCAGGAUAAUAACCAAUCGGCCAAGUGA